AUGACACAACCUCCCACUCCCUCAACCGACCCCGCCAUCUACGCGGAAUACGAAACCAAAUGGUCCGCGCUGCCCGAUACCGCAGACGCAUGGAUCGCGCGAGCGCGCGACGUAGCGCAGGUCUUAUCGCAAGACGCCGCGCAGCGCGAUCAGGAGAACAAGUCCCCGGGGGCGGAAAUCGCACUGCUCAAACACUCGGGUUUGUUGAAGGUCCUGGGACCGAAGAAGUAUGGUGGCGGCGAGCAGUCCUGGGAAGUGGGUUAUAAGGCAAUUAGGGAGGUUGCGAAGGGGGAUGGAUCCCUCGGAAUGCUUCUAGGCUACCACCUCCUCUGGUCCACAACCGCCAACGUAGUCGGCACGGCAGAGCAAAUCGACCGCACGAACGAGCUCAUCAUCUCGAACAACUACUUCGUCGGCGGGGCAGUUAACCCACGCGACAACGAUCUCAAGAUCACCUCAGACGGCGACGAAAUCAUUUUCAGCGGCCAGAAACACUUCAACACCGGCGGCGUGGUGUCGGAUCUCACAGUGCUGGAGGGCGUGUUGGAAGGCACACAGGAUCAUAUCUUUGCGAUCGUGAAGACCAGUGACCCGGGAAUUCAGUUCGCUUAUAAUUGGCAUAAUAUCGGCCUGAGGUUGACUGAAUCCGGGGGUGUCAAGAUCGAUAAUGUGAGGGCAAAGUGGACCGAUGCGCUGGGCUGGGAUGCGCAGAGUAAGAGGCCAAGGGAGGAUGUGUUGGGGAUUCCGUUUGCUGGGUUGCUUUUGCCUUCGAUCCAACUCGUCUUCAGCAACUUCUACCUCGGCAUCGCCCUCGGCGCACUGGACUUCGCAUCCAAGUACACACGCACCACGACACGCGCGUGGCCCUUCGGCGGCGACAACAAAGACUCCGCGACGGAGGAAUUCUACAUCCUGGAGCGCUACGGGUCCUUCUUCGCGCAUCUGCGCGCCGCAGAAGCGUUGGCCGACCGAGCUGGCGAGCAGCUGGCGUCGCUGUAUGCGCGCCACGGAGGGAACCGGGCGGGUUUGACGCCCGAGGAGCGCGGCGAGGUGGCCGAGUGGAUUGCCAGCGUCAAGGUUGUGACGACGGAUGUCGGGUUGCAGGUCUCUUCGGGGGUGUUUGAGGUCACUGGAGCCAGGGCGACGGCGUCGAAGGUGGGAUUGGAUCGGUUCUGGAGGGAUAUUCGGACGCAUACGUUGCAUGAUCCGGUGGCGUAUAAGAGGAGGGAGCUGGGUCGGUAUGCCUUGUUGGGGGAGCUGCCGGAGGUUACUUGGUAUACUUAG